AUGGCGCCGCGAAGUCCCUACUCGUCCAGCCGUGAGCUCCAUGUGGUUGUUCUUGGCGCAGGUGGCGUCGGCAAAAGUUGCCUGACUGCCCAGUUUGUCCACAAUGAAUGGAUCGAAAGUUACGAUCCUACCAUUGAAGACUCGUACCGCACUCAGGUCCAGGUCGAUGGCCGACAAGUAAUUCUGGAGAUCCUCGACACAGCCGGCACCGAACAGUUUGUGGCCAUGAGAGAUUUGUACAUGAAAACCGGCCAAGGUUUCCUGCUCGUUUUCAGCAUCACAUCAGCCUCGUCACUUAACGAGUUAGAGGGGCUUAGGGAAGAAAUCCUUCGCAUCAAAGAUGACGACAAUGUUCCUAUGGUUAUCGUCGGGAACAAGGCCGACCUGGAAGAAGGGAGAGCCAUUCCCCGCGCCAAGGGCUUUGCAAUCUCACAGAAAUGGGGAGCUCCGUAUUAUGAAGCCAGUGCCAGGACUCGAACAAACGUUGAUGAAGUCUUCAUCGAUCUUUGCAGACAGAUGCUCCGCAAAGAAGAUGAUACGACUGAUCCCGACGACAGUUCAAGGAUAGAUGCGCUCAAGGCAUCCAACAACAAGCGCAGGCGACGCUCUAAGUUUCGUGAUAGCACCCAUCCGCGAUGCGUCAUACUGUAA